AAAAUUCUGGGUAAUGUAAUUCAAACAGUUUGGUUUCAUUGUAACCCAAACCAUAUGGUGAAUUCUGUGAUUUUGAAAGAGCAGAUUUUGCUUUGGGAAACCAUGUCUUAAGUAUGGAAUAGUGAGUUGUCAUGUAGACUGAGUAAAACUGAGCAUUUGUCCUAGCCCUAGCCAACAGCAUUUUUACCCUGGGGAAGCUGGGCCAUUUUCGUACGGGCCAUUACUUACUAAGUUUUCAAGUGCUUUCUCAGGUUUGGUCUACUGGGAAGCAUUAUUUUGAAAAAUGAGCUUAAUGGGGUAGAGGGAAUGGCAUUUAAUAGUAAUCACUACAUUUUUUCAGGUUCAUGGAAAUACUGAUUUUUAAAGUAAUAUUUAAGGCAAAUACCUUAUGAGUCAAUAACACUAAUGCAGCUUCUCAGUUAAUAAGAACUGGUGCUCCUUCCUCUGUUACUUAUUUAGUCUAGAAUUGCAUAUGGUUGGCUAUUUACUUGCAGCCUCAAUCAAGAAUUCUCGUUCUCAUGACAGCAGAAAUAAGUAAGUUCUAACUACAAAGUUGGUCCAGAAGUCAUGAAAAAGCGAGGGAGAAGCAUUAUGUAGUCUUUUGCCAGUUACUAGCAUUUUUCAGGGCUAGUCCUGGAAACAAAAGAGGAAACCUUUUGAUUUUACUACUUGUGAGCUCUACUGGAUACCCCCUCUGAAUGUCAGAUUCCUCAUCUGAAAAAUGAAAGUUAACUUUGGAUGAUCUCUCAAGGUCUCGGCCCCCAAUUUCAAAGUUUGGUAGGGGAAGAGGUUGAAGUCAAUAUAGCCAAGCUGAGGAAGAGAGGAAGGGGAGGCCUUUGGAGUCCAGCAGCUCCCACCUCAGGACUAACGUCCCAGCUGUUCUUGAACUGCUUGGGAAGGUAUCAGCCUUUUACUUCCGUAUUUUGGCCUCCUAUUUUUCUGCUUCUCAACAACUGGAAAUAACAGCCCAGGUGUUGUUACAGGUGCUGAGGCUUUAGCAGUGAACCAGAAAGCACGAGGUCCACUCUCCAGGCCCUCUGCAGACAUGACCCACACAGGAGCUGGACACUGAACAGUGCAUGAGAGCUGCAUGGCCAGCAUGACUGAGUGAGCUGUGUGCUGUGAGCUAUUGGUCUGCUCCCAGUUCGAAUUCCUUCUGAAAGCUUGUGCAGGGAGGAGGGAUACAGACAGACAAAGGCACAGAUCCACCAGACAAGAAGGACAUGAAGCCCUCUACGGCCACCAAUCCAGAGAAUGGUCUCUCCCAGAUCCUGAGGCUUGUGCUACAAGAGCUGAAUCUGUUCUAUAGCCGAGAUGUGAAUGGAGUGUGUCUCUUGUACGAUCUUCUCCAUUCGCCGUGGCUGCAGGCUCUGCUGAAGGUUUAUGAUUGUCUCCAGGAAUUUAAAGAAAAGAAACUUGUUCCUGCCACAACUCAUGCACAGACGUUAUCCUAUGAGGUAGUGGGGAUAUUACGUGAAACUCCUAAAUCCCCUGAGACCCAAGAACUGAGACAAAUCCUCCAGGCUCCACAUUUUAAGGCCUUGCUCAGUGCCCAUGACACCGUGGCUCAGAAAGAUUUUGAGCCCCUUCUCCCCCCAUUGCCAGACAACAUCCCUGACAGUGAGGAAGCAAUGAGGAUUGUUUGUUUGGUGAAAAACCAACAGCCCCUGGGAGCUACCAUCAAGCGCCACGAGAUGACAGGGGAUAUCCUGGUGGCCAGAGUCAUCCACGGAGGGCUGGCCGAGAGAAGUGGGCUGUUAUAUGCUGGAGACAAACUGGUGGAAGUGAAUGGAGUUUCAGUUGAGGGACUGGACCCUGAGCAAGUGAUCCAUAUUCUGGCUAUGUCUCGUGGUACAAUUAUGUUCAAGGUGGUUCCAGUUUCUGCCCCUCCUGUUAAUAGCCAGAAGAUGGUAUAUGUUCGUGCCAUGACCGAGUACUGGCCCCAGGAGGAUCCUACUAUCCCCUGCAUGGAUGCAGGGUUGCCUUUUCAGAAAGGGGACAUCCUACAGAUUGUGGACCAGAACGAUGCCCUCUGGUGGCAGGCCAGGAAAAUCUCAGACCUUGGUACCUGUGCUGGUCUAAUUCCUUCUAACCACCUUCUGAAGAGGAAGCAGCGGGAGUUCUGGUGGUCUCAGCCAUACCAGCCUCACACCCACCUCAAAUCCAUCAUAUCAAUUUCUAUGGAAGAAGAAGAUGACAUGAAGAUUGAUGAGAAGUGUGUGGAAGCAGAUGAAGAAACAUUUGAAUCUGAGGAGCUUUCAGAAGACAAGGAGGAAUUUGUUGGCUGUGAUCAGAAGUUCUUUAUUGCUGGCUUCCGCCGGAGCAUGCGCCUUUGCCGCCGGAAGUCUCACCUGCGCCAGCAACACGCGGGGGUCUGCAGUGCCAGCGGCUGUCUGAGCGCGUCAGGCGCCCCCUACGAGGAGGUGGUCAGGUACCAGCGACGCCCUUCAGACAAGCACCGCCUCAUAGUGCUCGUGGGACCUUCGGGCGUUGGAGUAAAUGAACUGAGAAGACAACUUAUUGAACGUAAUCCUAGCCAUUUCCAAAGUGCUGUGCCACAUACUACUCGUUCCAAAAAGAGUUAUGAAAUGGAUGGACGUGAGUAUCAUUACGUGUCAAAGGAAACAUUUGAAAGCCUCAUGUAUGGACACAGGAUGCUCGAGUAUGGUGAAUACAAAGGCCACCUGUAUGGCACCAGCGUGGAUGCUGUUCAAGCAGUCCUUGAUGAAGGAAAGAUCUGUGUCAUGGACUUAGAGCCUCAGGGUAUUCAAAUAGCUCGAACCCAUGAACUAAAGCCCUAUGUCAUAUUUAUAAAGCCAUCUAACAUGAGUUGUAUGAAGCAAUCUCGGAAAAAUGCCAAGAUCAUUACAGACUACUUUGUGGACAUGAAGUUCAAGGAUGAAGAUCUACAAGAGAUGGAGGAUUUAGCCCAAAAGAUGGAGACACAGUUUGGCCAGUUUUUUGAUCAUGUGAUUGUGAAUGACAACUUGCAAGAUGCCUGUGCCCAAUUGUUGUCUGCAGUUCAGAAGGCUCAGGAGGAGCCUCACGUCCUCCACGAGCCCUUCCACCUGUGCCAAGGUGAUAUUCCCCUUAGUCGUCCUAAGAAAAAGAAGCCCAGAACAAAAAACACACUAGGUAGCGCUUCUUCAGAAGGCCUUGUUCAGGCUCCUGUUCAUAAGCCAUCUGAGGGCAGUGAGCCACCAGCUAAAGAAUCCACAGAACAACCAAAAGAAGCUCCUGUUCCAAGGAGGCAGAGGAAGACGAGGCUACCUCUUGAAUUGGAGACUUCCUUUGCCCAAAAGAAGGCAUCCAAUGCAUCUUUAUUACGAAAUGAAAAUGGUAUUCAUAUGGAGCCAACUGAGGAGGUGGUUAUUCAGAAACCUCGAAGGAAGACAAAGAAAACCCAGCCAGCAGAAUUACAGUAUGCCAAUGAACUAGGAGUAGAAGAUGAAGACAUAAUUACUGAUGAGCAAAGCAGUCCAGAACAACAGUCUAGAUUCACUGUACCCACUGGCAUUAGCCAGCCUGUAGGCAAAGUGUUUGUGGAAAAAAGCCGGAGAUUCCAGGCUGCUGAUCGUUCAGAGUUGAUAAAGACCACAGAAAACAUAGAGGUGUCAAUGGACGUGAAGCUUUCCUGGACGACCAGAGAUGUUGCACUCUCAGUGCACCGGGCUUUCAGGAUGAUUGGUCUCUUUUCCCAUGGCUUCUUGGCUGGCUGUGCUGUGUGGAAUAUUGUUUUCAUAUAUAUUCUGGCAGGAGAUCAGCUUUCUAACCUCUCAAACCUUCUGCAACAGUAUAAGACCUUAGCAUAUCCAUUCCAGAGUCUUCUCUACUUGCUUUUGGCUCUAAGUACAGUUUCAACUUUUGACAGGAUCGACUUUGCUAAAACAUCAGUAGCAAUCCGAAAUUUUCUUGCCCUGGAUCCUACAGCUUUAGCAUCUUUCUUGUACUUUACUGCUCUUAUAUUAUCUCUGAGUCAGCAAAUGACAAGUGACAGAAUUCACCUUUACACACCUUCUUCUGUUAAUGGUAGCCUCUGGGCAGCAGGAGUUGAGGAACAGGUUCUCCAGCCGUGGAUUGUAGUGAAUCUGGUGGUGGCCCUUCUGGUUGGACUAUCAUGGCUUUUUUUGUCUUACAGGCCAGGCAUGGAUCUUAGUGAAGAGUUGAUGUUCUCCUCUGAUGUGGAAGAAUAUCCUGAAAAAGAUAAAGGACUCAAAGCUUCUUCAUGAUGCCAGCUCACCUUCAGAAUAAUAAUGACCCAGUAUUUAGAAUUUUUCCUAUUCUUGUUUUUAAAUGUAUUUUUAUAAGAUGUGUGCAGGUGUAUUUGGAAUUGAUUUUUUGAUUAUAUAGUACUGAAAAUUUUCUCAAGAUUAUGGAAAAUGUAAAAAUUGUAUCUGCAAUUCAUACCCAAACAUUAAUCUCUCUAGCAUUAUCAUCUUAAUGACAAAGGAGGUAAUGAGCUAGAAAACAGCAGGUGAAUGUGUUUAUUUCCUGUUCUCUCAAGUUAGUUGCAUUUAUAAUCAUUACCUUGAAAAGCUCUAAUACAGAAAAAAACAUUAGUGUUACAAAAUAUAUAUCAGGUUUAAACAUAAAAUUUAGGGAGUAGGGAAGAAGGGGUCAAAAGGCCUUUAUGUAUUUUUAAUGUCUCCUUACUGAAUAAAUUAAAAUAUGAAAUUUGUCUUUUUUGAAACUGGCUUGGUGGUUGUGAUUAUAUAUCAUGUAAUAAAUAUACUGUAAUUUAGCUUGAAAGAUGCUUUCCUUCAUGACUAAUAAAAUGUACCUCUUCUGUUUGAAAA